AUGUAACAUUAAGGUUUUGAACAAGUAUUCUAUCUUUUCUACAAUUCAGUUAGUGGAGGUAAUAGAGGAUUGUAGUUUUAGAAAUUUGAUGUAAAUAAUUUUAAUGAUUUAGUAACAAGAGUUGCUAUUCGAGACAAAUCCAAAACAUACUAAGGUCAAAUUUUUUAAUAUCAAUGAAGCAUCUUCCAGAAAUAAAGGAAUGGAAUAAGUCAAACAGCAUUCAUAAAAUGACAUUCAUAUUGUUAUAGGCGGGGGAGAUGGUUCCAUAAUGUGGAUUGUUGGAUUUUUAUUAGAACACUAGAUUGAUCUAAAUAGAUGCAUAAUUAUCCCUUUGCCUCUAGGAACUGGAAAUGACUUUGCAAAUACUUUAGGUUGGGGAACCACUGUGCCAGCUGAUCUAAUUGGAAAAAAUAAUAAGGUAUUGCAAAGUUAUGUGGAAUAAUGGCUUAGUGGGGCUGAAUCAUUUUUUGAUGUUUGGGAUGUUGAUAUUACUCUUAAGGAGGUAUUUUCUUUUCUUAAAAUAUAGGAUGGAUUUAUUAGUGAAAUUAAAAGGCAUUCUAAUAGUGUAGGAGAACUAAAAAUACUACUCUAGGAUUCUAAGUUCUAUAAACCUAUGAUUAACUAUUUUAGUAUAGGAGUCGAUGCAAGAAUUGGAUAUGGAUUUGAUAAAAAUAGAACAGAUAAUUAGUGCUGCAAUAAAGUUGUUUAUUGUUGGGAAGGCUUCAAGAAAAUGUUUUUAAAAACACCAAAAAUCAAUUAAUCUAUUGAGACACUUGAAUAUUUGGAAGAGCUAGAUAANCAAUAAACAUACUAUAUAAUGUAAAGUAACUCAAUCAAUCGUAAAUUAUUUCAUGUGAUGUAUGUAAUAAAAAAAUAUAGAUUGAGAUCGCAUAUUUAUAAAUCUACUAAAGAUAUUGCACCUCUUUAAAGCUAAUAUUCUAAAAAGAUUUAUUAAAACUAAUUCUUGAAUAAUUUUGAAAAAAACUAGAUUAUUAUACCUAUCUUCAAUACAGUGAAAGUUUAUAGAAUUAGCAAAGCAGAAAAAUAUAAGAAGCUUAUACUUUAUGAUGUGAUUUAAUUUAAUUUAAUUAAAUGUAACAUUAAGGUUUUGAACAAGUAUUCUAUCUUUUCUACAAUUCAGUUAGUGGAGGUAAUAGAGGAUUGUAGUUUUAGAAAUUUGAUGUAAAUAAUUUUAAUGAUUUAGUAACAAGAGUUGCUAUUCGAGACAAAUCCAAAACAUACUAAGGUCAAAUUUUUUAAUAUCAAUGAAGCAUCUUCCAGAAAUAAAGGAAUGGAAUAAGUCAAACAGCAUUCAUAAAAUGACAUUCAUAUUGUUAUAGGCGGGGGAGAUGGUUCCAUAAUGUGGAUUGUUGGAUUUUUAUUAGAACACUAGAUUGAUCUAAAUAGAUGCAUAAUUAUCCCUUUGCCUCUAGGAACUGGAAAUGACUUUGCAAAUACUUUAGGUUGGGGAACCACUGUGCCAGCUGAUCUAAUUGGAAAAAAUAAUAAGGUAUUGCAAAGUUAUGUGGAAUAAUGGCUUAGUGGGGCUGAAUCAUUUUUUGAUGUUUGGGAUGUUGAUAUUACUCUUAAGGAGGUAUUUUCUUUUCUUAAAAUAUAGGAUGGAUUUAUUAGUGAAAUUAAAAGGCAUUCUAAUAGUGUAGGAGAACUAAAAAUACUACUCUAGGAUUCUAAGUUCUAUAAACCUAUGAUUAACUAUUUUAGUAUAGGAGUCGAUGCAAGAAUUGGAUAUGGAUUUGAUAAAAAUAGAACAGAUAAUUAGUGCUGCAAUAAAGUUGUUUAUUGUUGGGAAGGCUUCAAGAAAAUGUUUUUAAAAACACCAAAAAUCAAUUAAUCUAUUGAGACACUUGAAUAUUUGGAAGAGCUAGAUAAUAUGUAGAACAAAUUAUUAUUCAAAACUACAGAAAAUACUGGAUAAAGAGAUUCUAUCACAAUUCCAGGAAAUCCUAUUAACUUAUUAUGUUUAAAUAUCAAUUCUUAUGCAGGAGGAUUAAAAAAUAUUUGGAUGAAUGCCCAAUACAAAGAUGGUUAUAAAAAGUAUGAUUUACAUCCUCCUUCUUUUUCUGAUGGUGUCUUAGAAUUUUUAUCUUUUAAUUCUAUUUUAGGUAUUGGAUCUGAAAGACUUUUACCUGGUCAAGCAACUAGAUUAAGCUAGACUAAAGGACCUAUUUAAUUAACUUUCAGAAAGAACGAGCCUUUAAAAACUUACUUCUAAAUUGAUGGAUAAUAUUUUUCUAUUACCAAUCCUAUAUCAGUUUCAAUAAAAUCUUGCUAAAAACUAUCCUAAGGAAAAAUUAGAGUUUUAAUCAAUAAAAAAGGUUUAGUUUAGUGA